AUGGCUGUGAGCAACGAGAAUGCAACGAUCGGUUAUGCCCUGCGAGCGCUGCAGGCCAUCUUCGCUAUUAUUGUCAUGGGGACAGAUGGAUACGCUAUUCACAUGUUUCGCGGCCACACCGUCUACGAGCACUUUGUGUUCGGCAACUUCUACGAUUACGAGGGCGUCCCUGAUGGAUGGAGCUUCUUAAUUUUCUGUGCUGGCUGGACAGUUCUGAUUAUUAUCUUUCAUCCUAUCGCCGUCUGCUUUCUGGAUUGUCUGUUGAUUCGCUAUAUUCGUGCUGCCGUCGAGGCUGUGGCUGUCCUCUCGUGGCUCGCUGGGUUUAUUGCUGUAGCUGUUCAGAUCUCAGCCGACACAUGUGCAAAUGGAAAGGACUCAUGUGGGGUCCUCAUCGCCGCGACAGUCCUCGGGGCGCUAGAAUGGCUGCUAUUCAUGGUUACUGCAGCCCAGACUGUCAUGCUCGUUGUCAACAGCUCUCAUAAGCCGAUCUCUACGACCUGA